GCCAACAUGGCGGCCUGCGAAGAACUUCUAACCCAUGCUUUUCCAAACAUUGACGAGGAAGUGUCAACUUACGUCAAAGGCCUACUGGAGGAUUGCUGUGAUGACUUUGCUACGGCAGACGACCUGUUUGAUGCAGUGGGUGUCAUGCUUCUGCAAGCUGAUGGGGAGAAGACAGAGGAUGACAUCAUGGAAAUAUGUCAGAAACUCCACAGCCUCCUGGCAAGUGACUCUGGAGUGUCAGUGAAUGGCCAGCACCGUGUCCUGGAUGCCCCUGUCCAGAUUGGAUCAAUAUCCUCAGGCUUGUCCGAGAUGAGCGAAGAGGACAGCAGUAUAUGGCUGAAGAAGAAAGACAUGGGCUCUAAAGUGGACCAGAAGAAGCUUGUGAAAGCUGAGGCAAUCAGACAGAAGAAGCUGGAUAAACGAUCAGAGAACCCAGUUAAACCUGCAGACACCAUAUUGGAAACUGCCAGUGCUAGUCAACAGAUCAACAGGAAGGAUGCCAAACUUGAUGCUUCAGGAACGAACCGCAGCUACGACAUCCGUAUAGAAAACUUUGAUAUAGCGUUUGGCGAAAGGGUGCUGAUGACUGGUGCAAGUAUCCAUCUGAUAGCUGGACGGAGGUAUGGAUUUGUUGGCAGGAAUGGCCUCGGGAAGACUACACUACUCAAGAUGAUAUCCAGCAAUCAGCUGAUGAUCCCGUCCCACAUCUCGGUGCUGCAUGUGGAGCAGGAGGUUGUCGGGGACGACACGCUGGCCCUGCAGAGCGUCCUGGAGUGUGACGAGAGGCGAGAAGGGCUCUUGAGAGAAGAACGCCAGUUGAACGCACAGCUUAACACCCCAGGUUCUGGCACAGACAAAGAUGUUUCAGCACGAUUAAGUGAGAUUUACCGUGAGUUGGAGGAGAUUGAAGCAGACAAAGCCCCAGCCAGAGCAGCUGUUAUUUUGGCAGGUCUGGGAUUUUCGUCUGAGGGGCAGAGUAGGCCAACAAGAGAGUUUUCUGGAGGUUGGAGGAUGAGAUUAGCCCUUGCAAGAGCCCUCUUCACUGAACCAGACUUGUUGUUACUUGAUGAACCUACAAACAUGUUGGACAUGAAAGCCAUUAUAUGGUUAGAGAAUUACCUACAGAACUGGCCAAAGACAAUUUUUGUAGUUUCUCACGAUCGGCUGUUUCUUGAUGCGGUUGCCACGGAUAUCUUGCAUAUACACUCACAAAGAAUAGACUGUUACCGUGGCAACUAUGAAGUGUUUCACAAAACAAGGGAGGAGAGACUGAAAAACCAGCAACGAGAAUAUGAAGCUCAGAAGCAGUACAGAGACCAUAUACAGGUGUUUAUUGAUAGAUUCCGCUACAAUGCCAACAGAGCCUCACAAGUCCAGAGUAAACUGAAACUGCUUGACAAGCUACCACCAUUAGUACCUGUUGCCAAGGAGACGGAAGUUGUGUUGAAGUUUCCUGAGUGUGAGAAGUUAUCUCCCCCUAUUCUUCAGCUGGAUGAGCUUACCUUCUACUACUGUAAAGACCAACCAAUAUUCAAUAAAAUAUGUAUCAACGCCAACAUGGAUUCCAGGAUUUGCAUUGUUGGAGACAAUGGCGCUGGUAAAACAACACUGUUGAAGAUACUCCUGGGUGACCUUGAACCUGUGAAAGGUAUCCGUCAUGGUCAUCGUAACCUGAAGAUCGGUUACUUCAGUCAGCAUCACGUUGACCAGCUGGAGAUGAAUGUGACGUCUGUAGAGCUGCUGGCAGCCAGAUUCCCAGGAAAGAAUUCAGAAUAUUAUCGGAACCAGCUUGGGUCUUAUGGCGUAUCGGGUGAGCUGGCUACGAGGCCGGUCUCAAGUUUAUCAGGAGGACAGAAGAGUCGAGUUGCCUUUGCUGUCUUGAGUUUAUCCAGUCCGAACUUCCUUAUCUUGGACGAGCCUACAAAUCACUUAGACAUGGAAACAAUAGAAGCUCUUGGAGAGGCCCUGAAGAAAUUCAAGGGAGGUGUGAUACUGGUAUCUCACGACGAGCGACUGAUCCGGAAAGUGUGCAAGGAACUGUGGGUAGUGAAGGACAAAAAUGUUGUUUCACUAGAGAACGGCAUUGACGAAUACAAGGAGCUUGUCAAUGCAGAACUUCAAGCACAAGUUUAGGAAAUGAUGGAUCUGUGAUAUGCAAACUUUUAACUGUUAUGUGACUGAGGAAAUUGGUUGCUUGGCCUGAAAAUUAUCUCUGAACCAUACAUGGUUUUCAGAAUGAGAACUGAGCAGUUUUGUUAAGAAGACUGGAAACAGUGUCUCACAUAGUCAGACUUGAAUUCAUGGAAAACAAUCAUGCAAUUAUUGACUAGGUUAAGUCAGUGUCUCAAAUAUCUUUGAUCAAGAUGCAUUCAUGGUAGCCAUGGCAACAGUCUUCCAUGUUUGUGAUUAUGGAUGUGUUGAAAGACAUUUUGUGUGACACCAAUAACUUCGUAACAUAAAGAAUGUGCUUAUUUGUUUAAAACAAGUCAGUAAAGCACUUGUUACGUCUGUGAAUAAACUUUCUUUACUGCAUGGAUGCAGGCCGUUUCCACGGGUGAUGGUAUCUGUGGUUACAUGGUUACCAUGGUGAUGGUGCAAUAUGGCACUUAUUGACCUCUGCUUGUGACAAGAAGCCUGAUUCAGACUUUGAUCCAACAGAAUCGUUUUUUGAGGACAGAAUCCAGUUUGAAGCUGAAGCUUCUGAUGCUGAGCUUAGUUUUGAUAUACUUGCUGUCUAAGCAAGUUGAUGCAUUUCUUGAAUUAACUGUAAAAUAUAUAUUUUGACAGGGUGACGCUAAUCACCAGUGUGGUGAUGGUGUAGCCAUGUGGUUAAGUUUUUCUUGGUCACACUGCAGGCCUGGGUUCAAUCCCAUCAUGGAUACAAUGUGUGAAACCCAAUUCUGAUGUCCCAUGCUGUGAUAUUGAUAGCUGAAAGUGGUUCUACCCACACUCAUUCAACAGUGUUCCAAUGUUCCAGGCCUAUAUCAUCUCUGUAUUGUAUUGGCUCUGGGUUCCAUUUGCAAGUUCAGGGACCCAAUCCACAAAACCUUCGUAGCACUAUGCUAAUUGUCAUCCUAUGGAAAAGUAUAGUCAGGGACUGUUCAUAAUCUAUGGCUUGUGGGGCAUGAUGAUGAUUUUUAUGGAGAAGCAUGUACAAUGUGAAUGACACACACCC